UCAAACACUUGGACGACGGUGUGAGUGAGUGGAUGAACGAUGUCUCCCUUCAUCGCCAUCUUCUUCGUCGUCGCGUUUCCGUUCACAAACGCAGUCGUCCCCAACCCAAAAACGCAAACGCUGAUCGCCAGAAUCUGCUGCCAAACUACCGAUUUCGCGUUCUGCAACUCCUCGAUCACGGUUUCGUUGCCGUCAUCACGCGCGGGGAUCGCGACAAUCGCGCGGCUGACAGCCGCGAACGCGUGGAUCAAAGCGAUAGAGACGCUCGAUUCGAUCAGAAGCUCGCUCAUUCCCAAGGCGAGGGAUCCGAGGGACAGGGAAGAGUUCGUGACGUGCGAGAAGGCGUACAGAUCGGUGGAGUCUGAUCUCGACAACGCUUACAGGUUCCUGUUUCUCCGACAGUAUCGUGUCGUGAGGGCAUAUCAGGCUCUGGCGCUUGAGAAUCUUCACAAGUGUAAGACCGAUUUCUUCCGUACGACUCCGAUGGUGUAUGCGAAUUGGAAAGUGAGGAUGUUGAUGAGCAUGGCGAUAUAUGCCGCCCGUAUUCUCUCUCCUCCACCUCCGCCUCGUCCGACAGAGACAGAGACGCCAUGAACGGAGCUUCGUUUUGUCUUGUCCUAAACAACGCGGGAGUUUGCCAAAAACCUUAACAGAUUGUGUCUCAAAUAUUCAUAUUCAGUUUAAUUUUAAGUUUUGGAUCAGAUUUGAAUACAUACUUGCUAAUUAAACGUAGCCUUAUAAAAAAAAAACGCGGGAGAUUUUUAUUCACAUUCAACCAAAAAAAAACGUGGGAGAUUUUCUUUAUUAUUUAAAUUCAUAAAAGAAGGUUUUUUUAUUCAUAACCUUUGCCAUUGAUAUGUCUUUUUUGCUUUAAAAAAUAUUUAUCUGUGAAGCUGUUUUUUUUUACUAUGUUUAAUUAGCAAGUAUGUAUUCAAAUCUUAUCCAAAACUUAAAAUUAAACUGAAUAUGAAUAUUUGAGACAAUCUGUUAAGGUUUUUUGGCAAACAUCAGGAAUUUCUGAACCAAGAAGAGGCUCUGGGCUGAGUAAAAGUAUUAGUUAAUGAGACGCAGCGUUUUUUUGGUGGAAGGACUAUUUUGGAAUUUCAA